AUGGAUACACCCGAAUUAAAUUAUUCAACAACAGAGAAAGAAUGCUUAGCAGUUUUAUAUGCAGUUCAUCAUUUCAGACCGUACAUAUAUGGUAAGAAAUUUACUCUAGUUAGUGACCACGAACCUUUAAGGUGGAUAGACACAAUAAAGGAUACAGGACAAAGAUUAAUCAGAUGGCGAUUGAAAUUACGAGAUUAUGAUUACGAAUUUCAACAUAAAUCUGGUAAAUUAAACACAAAUGCAGAUGCAUUAUCCAGAAAUGUCUAUUCAGAUGACAAAGAAAUUUCAAAAAACGACACUCAACCAAUUAGAAUUUUAAUGAAUAAAAAACUUGAUAAGAUGACUCAACUGGUACUCCAAACACCACCCAUUCAAGGAGAAGUGAUCGAGGAAAACAAAUUUCCUAAAGGAAAUAUUAGCAGAAUCGAAUUCCCAAAAAAGGAGUUAGAGGAAAUAGCUAUUGAAUACGAUUUUACUAAACCCACAUAUGUAAUAGAAAAAGUAACAGGACCACCUAACUGUAGGAGAUAUACUGUCAAAUGUACUUUAAAAGACCUUAAUAAUGGUAAUACGUUUGUAACUUUAGCGGAAAAUGAAAGGAAAAUAAGAGAUGCUAAACAUACAGCUGCAUAUAAAAUUCUAAAGCAAUUAGAUGAUACUUAUUACUUUUGCGAAGAAGAAUCAUCCAGUUUGAAUGUAAAAACUUAUGUAAUGUGCUUAGAACAACCAACGAUUUUAAAAUUAAAACUCUAUAAAUGGACUAAAAGUUGCGAAAGCUGUUAUGAAAGAGGGCAUAUAAAAUCAAACUGUAAUAGGCCUAUCCGAAACAAACGACUAAUACCAAAGACAGGUACAGAAACUGAAAAUAGCGAUGAAUUCUUGGAAAUCCCAGGAAAACCAAUUGACGAGCCCAAGAAAAGAUACAAUGACAAUGACAGUUGGGAUUAA